AUGAACCUCAGGUAUCAGAAGAUGUACUCUAGACAACAGGGAGAAAACGCCACCCCAGUUCUCAAGGCAUCUCAGAAGACCGAGAACGCAAAGCACUAUCCCAAGACCUACGACGAGGCAGUACAAGACGAGGAAGAUAGGGAGGAGAACGAUGCAGAGGAGCUAGAGGAAGAGGAGAACGAUGCAGAGGAGCUAGGGGAAGAAGAUAACGAUGCAGAAGAGCUGGAGGAAGAGGCAGAGCCGCAGCUCCAAGAACUUGUUGAAGAAGACAGAGUUCGCGAAGCUUCCGAAGAGAAUGCAAAGCGCUAUCCCAAGACCUAUGUCAACUGA